GAGGGAGAUGUCGCAUACGUCAGUAAACCAGCAUGGCGGAGAUUUGGUGUGUCUACUCUCUGAGUGUAUGGGAAAACAACACUCUUUGCCUCUGCCGAUUUAAAAAGAAAGCUCACUAAGUCUUGGUUGCGUUUGUUAUCAAUUAAGUGUUGGAAUCGAAGAUGGAGAACCACAGUGGUGGCAACGUCCCUGCAUCGAAAUACAGCUCAGUGAAAUAUUACAUACCCCCGGAGAGUACCAUUAACGUUACAACAAAUCAAGAUGGCGAGCAUUCUGGUACUGAGCAAUCUGGUGUUGGUACCGAGACGAGACCGAGAAGUGUGUCUUCGACGCAGUAUAUUCCAAAAUCGGGGGAACGCUUGAACUUUCAGAUACCGAGAAAGAACAAAGAAAAGAGAGCACUGUUCCAGUAUGUUUCCUUAGAGUCCCGGGAGUUUGAGGAUAUCUUAACCAUCCUGUCUUCCAGCUACAGAGAAGCUGUCUCUAACGGAGCUUUCAUAUACACCAAGCCAAGACUCAUCCACAGUGAACCGCUGGAAAAGGACUUUGUAGAGAAACGGAAGGAGCUGAAGCUGGAUGGGAGGACCGAGAAGGAGCUGGAGGAGACCCACUGUUUCCUGAUGACCGACCACAUGAAGCUCCCUUGGAUCUGUGAGAAGGGCCUGUCUGUGGGGCACAGCUGGAUCACAGCUCUUGGUAAUCCAGGAAAGGGCGUUUAUCUGUCCAAGUACUCAGACUUACUGCAGAUCAAUCCUUUUAACCCAGGAGUCAUGGGAGAGAUCAUCAUAUUCAAGGUCAUUAAGGGUAAAGUGAAGAGCAUCUAUGACAAUAUGUCUAAGAAUCUUUUGGAUCCCACGCCCAAGUUUGACAGCCAUUUCUCCAAGAAUGCCUGCAAAGUCACAUCCAUUGCCUCCUAUAGAGCCUAUGAGCUCACACAGCAAUACUUCUAUGAAUAUGACUUUGACGAGCUGAGGAUUCGGCCCAGGCACGUGUGUCCUUAUGCCGUGGUGUCUUUCCAGUUCAAAGGCAAAGACGCUCCGCUAAAAGUCACACCCUUGGCUCCCCUAAGGUCAGUCAGCCAAACAUCUGAUGGAAUUAAAGGCAGGACUAAAUAUACUGUGUGGAGCGGGGAGCUGGUGAAUGAAGGUAAAACGGUGUCUCGGAUCUCCUUCUGCUCCUACUCACCCCCCUUCAUGCCUUUCAGACUCCCAGAAAAGCUGGAGCUGGGUCUGGUAAUGAGGAUGGACCAGGUGACUGAGAUGAUCCCCUCAGCUCUGUUUUCCUGGAACUUGUACGCCGGCAGCCAUGAAGUGUUGAAGAAUGGGAUGUACUGCAAUCUGCUCGAGGUGGUGGAUAACAGCAAGUCAGGCGACAGUCUUACAGCACUGCUUCAAAACCUGGAAACCCAGAGACUGGUUCUUGUCCACAUGUUAACUGACAAAGGCUUCCUGUUCCUGCUGUCUUCAGGUCAGAUGGUCACUCUAACUGAAAGAAGAGAUGGGUGGAAAAAUUGUCUUCAAGCUCUCUUCGUUUUUCAAGAGUCCAGAGAUGUGGCAAAAUACAGUACAAGGUGUCCAGCUUCCCAGGAUCCUUUGCAGUCAUUGUCCUCUCAGGACGGCAUCAUGCCCCAGUUGAACCGCUUUGUCCCGGCCUUGCAUUACGCUCUAGUUAAGGUCCGCUGCAACCCGCCCACUGACCUCUCGGCCGGGGUCGAACACCAAGCCAAGGACUACCUCAGUGGACUUCACGAUGGAAAGAUUCGCCACAUCCCCAUGACUGAAUACGACGCCAAACUAGACGACCGGGGAAAGUUGUUUCCUGCUCCUAAACACCAUAAACUCAACAUUGAGGGCUACCUGCGGUCCUACGUCUACAGUCCUAAUCUCUAUACCAUGCCCGUGGCCCGAGCUCAUGAGAUGGUUGAGACUUACUGCGUCAUACCUGAAGAGGACAGCCCCGCAGCGUCCUGGGAGAGUGUUGAAGUAGUUCUUGACAAGCCAGUGGUAGCAUCCCAGGUCAAGCCGGUUGGCACUACCACCACCGCUCAUCCACUGACGGUACAUGUCAACCUUCCUCCCUCUCAGUCUCCUGCCGACACCAAACAACAGAAGGUGAAGAAGCUGAUUAACAUAAUACUGAAGUGUCAUAGAAACGCAGAGGCAGACGUCCAGAAGACAGGAGAGGCACAGGGGCUAGGAGGGUUGGAUCCUCGUGGUCUGAAGAGGAAGCUCGAGAGAGAGGUGACCACCAGGACUCUGAAGUACCUCAAGAAGGCCUCGUGGGAAAGAGGUGGCUGGGACAGCACAGCAGUCGGUGAAGGGGGUCUUUCCCCUGUCCCCAGUCUUUCCUCAGUGAUGCUGCAGAGUGUUGGUCUGAGAGAUGUUGACCUGAGGAUCGACAGAUCAGAGGCUGCCAUCAAACUGGACAAGAUGUUAACCAGCCUGAAGAAUGCUGAAGCUAAACAGGGGAGAGGGUCAGGAGAAGGGGUGGACCUGACUGAAGCGCCACUGGUUGAUAGGAUGAUCAAGCUCGGUCUGCCGCCCAAUCAGGAUGUUGACCUGAGAAAAAGGGUUGCUGUGGGCCUGCAGGACAAGGCUGAUUAUUUGGAGGAGCAGACUGCAGGCAGCAUAAGCAGUCUGGAGGGCUUCAGCCCUAGUUCCAAUGGUGAAAUGCCCAGACGGUCUCAGUCCCAGCCCCAUGGGGUAGAACAGAUACCAUGGGUCCUGAUCCCAAUCACAGGUCUGAAGUCAAAGAAGUACUGCCAGAGAGAGAAGGACAACCCUCAGGACCCGCGCUUCAUUCCCCAGAUCCCCUUGGCAAUCAGCAGCUACUCCCCCUGCACCCUACAACGAAGGGAAAGAAGUAUCACUCCUACAUUGGAGGAGCCUCUGGAGUCUAGCCCCCCCAGUCCUUCUCUAGAGGAGCCCCCAGAGCCUAGCCCCACCCCAAGUCCCUACCCCAGUCCCUACCCUAGCCCCUGCCCUAGCCCUAGUUCCAGUCCUAUGGAGCAGGAGGAGCAAUUAGCUGAAAGCCCCUGUGACGCCACAGAAUUAAGUAGCAAUGAUAAGAUGAGGACAAACCAUAGCUGGUUUGAAACCGGUGUUGCCCCAGAGAACAAAAGCCUUCUAGAGAAGAGAAGCAGCCACUCCCCAGAGCCAGCUGAAAAACCAAGCCCUAUUAUCUCUGUGGAAGCUGCCCAGGAAGAAGCUGAAGGCAGCAUGCUAACUAAGGACCCAAGCACAAUUGAUGUUGAACCUGGGAUGGGAGAGGAGAAAGAAGAAACUGUGGGGGAGGAAGCAAAAGCACUUCAGAUGAAAGAGGAAGAGGAUGUACAGGGGGAGUUUGAAGAGGUGGGACAUGAGGCAUUGAAUGUUGAGGAGGUGGGGUAUCCAGAGGAGGAAGCUAACAAUGUUAAAGAUGGGAUGGAAAUGGUUGCAGAGGCAGAAGAGGUUGCUGGGGUGGAUAUGAUAGAAGAUGAGAAACAAGAGGAGCAACUAGAAGAAGGAGAAUUGGAGGAAGAAGAAGAAAAGGAACAGGUGGAAAAAGAGGUUGAAGAUGUAGAACAACGGAUGAAGGCGACUGAGACUGUGUCACCAUUUUCACUCGAUCCCAUUCCUCCAGAGCAGACUCAAGUACGAAAUCCUCUUUUCCACACUGUUCCUCUCAUCCAGAAUGUUCCUCCCAAGCAGAACAUUCCUCCCAUCCACUGUCCCACGGCGAGCAGAAUGGACUGCAUCUUGGAUCAGCAGUUCAGCAAUUUCUCCACAGAGCUGCAGAUUCUACUGCUCAGAGAGAGUGUCCAUUACAGCUCCCCGCACCCCCCUUUCCAAAAUCCUCCCAGGCAGUCUCCCCUCCAGCCCUUCUCCGAAUAUGUGUCCUUCUACAACUCUUCCCCUCCCAUGCAUGCCUAUGUCAGUUCCCUCAGAGACCGCAUGGGCACCGUUAUAGACACGCAGGAGCAAUGGAUUCCUAGUAUGGUUGCCCACAACCCUCCUCCGGGUUCAGCUGAAACUCGUCACCACCACGAUCCUACAACUCAAUAUAACUGGAAUCGUCCCCUUGGCUCUGAGUUUCAGUCUUACCCCAAUUGUCACUCUCCUAAUCCGUUUGGACCUGGCCCAGAUGGUUCAAACUCUUAUGGUAGUCAUGCUGCUUCUCAGUUUCCCUCAACAGUCUCUCAGUUCCACAGUAGUAGUGGUAGUAAUAGUGGCGUUAUGCCCUCUUCAUCCGACCCCGGCACAGCCUAUCCACAAGCCAGUCCUUUCUACGAUAACCCACCCCAGGCAGGGGUGAGUUGUCAGAUGAGCUCUAGUUUAGCUCCCCUACCCGUCCAGUCGUGGAUGACAGAAACAAACACAGAAUCAGCUGGGACAGGUGAAUCGGAACGGUGCAAACCAAGUGCUGAAUCAAAUAUGGAUGAGUGGGCAGUGUCAAUGAAGAAUGCAGACGUGGCCGGUCAUGUAUCACGAGGAAAGUACCCACCACACAUGGGCACCGUGUUCGAAUCAGGGGCCAUAGCAGAAGCUCUGCCUCCUUUCACACCAAUCAUUGACCGUUUGUCAGGGCCAAUGGUGGAGUCUGUUCCAGGCUCUGGGCAGACUCCCCCUGAAGACAUCAGUAGUCUGAUCAGCCAGCUGAAACCUGAAUUGUUCACUAACUUGGUGGAGAUAAUUAAAGAUGUCCGAAAGAAUGCUGUCCAGUUCUACAUCCACACACAGGAUUCCGACCGAGAGUUCUCCCACUAUAUCAAGGAGUAUCUCCAGAGGAUGGGGAACAUGGAAUGCAGUCCAUUGAGUUUCCUGGAAAAAGACAACCGGAAUGACAAACUAAUGGUUCUUAUUCAGAACAAGGACAUUGCUGCUCAUGUUCAUAAGGUACCGGCGUUGGUGCAGUUGAAGAGGCAGCCAACGGUGGUCUUUGCUGGUGUGGACAGUCUGGAUGAUGUGAAGAACCACACCUACAAUGAGCUGUUCGUCUCCGGGGGCUUUGUUGUCUCCGAUGAGUUUGUCCUCAACCCAGACUACAUCACCCAUGAGCGGUUGCGGGUGAUCCUGACAUUCCUGGAUCAACAGAAUUCUGCAGAGAGCCUGUGGAGGUGGAGGGUGCACUGUAAAACCCAGAAGAAACUAAAAGAACAGUCCAGGUUUAAAAGUGAAGCCAUGAAGAUCUUGAACCUGUUGACCACAUACCAAAAGAAGAACGUUGUGGAGUUCCUGCCCUACCAUGAGUGUGAUGCUCCAUCCCGCACCGCUCCCGACCUUGACUGUCUCAUUAAACUACAGGCCCAGCACAUUCAGCAACGACACAUAAUCUUCCUCACAGAGCACCACCACGAGACUUUCCAUCACUACUCCAGCAGUGGCAUCGUCAUUGCCAACAUCAAAGACAUCAUGCACAACUUUGGUAGCUUGGUUGGUUUUCAUGACAUUAGAGACAAGCUGUCUACCUCAGAGGACCUCAUAGCUGCAGCCACCACAGGGAGAGAGGACAAGCGAGUCCUUAAGGAACCCAUUCUCUUGGCCUCCCCCUCCUCCCCAGACUGCUUGGUUGACCGCCUGUCCACUCCGCUGAAUGAAGAUGACUUCCGAGUGCCCGUACCUGACCAGAUGGACACGCCAGAAGCCCCAUCACCCACAGCGUUGAACUUCCAGGCCCUGAGCGAGGCCAUCUCCCAGUUCAAAGCUAACAAAGCUGCCCGGUCCCAGAUGGAAGCUCCAGAGGGAGAGACCAGACCAGAUUCCCCGCCCGGACCCAGGAUACCAGGCCUGGGUACAGAUUCACCAGUGCGCCCUGUAACUACAAUGGGAACCAUAAACUCUGAAAUCGGGUACCUCGCCCCGGUCUCCCUUCUUGGCCCGCUCCACCCUGACCAGUCCACUGCCGGGAUCCAGGAUGGGGAACUGAGGCACACCAUAGCUGCUACCCUCACCCCAGUCCACUCUGAGCUGGGCCUGGGUAUGAGCAGUGCUAAUGAGGUAACUAGCUCCUGUGAGGACCCAAACACCUUUGGCAGCCCUCUGUGUCCGGCUGCUGUCACAGGGGAAAACAGGGAGUUGAGAGCCAUACCUGGCAACACUAAUGAAUCCCUAGGCCCAGAGCCUCUGAGGACACAGGGGGGAGAGAACACUAAACCUGCCCCUGUGGCAGACAGCUGCCAGGGGGUAGGGGGGAAGACCAGUAGCCUCCUCCCUUGUCCUAACCCUGUAUCUGCAGGUCCCAGGGUAGGAGCUCCCAGACCCAGUGGUGGGGACAACACGGCUGCAGAAAGACUGGCGCAGGUGGUCCGACUGCAGCAGGGCAAUGGCUUGUUACCCAGGCCUAACCUAAACCUGGGCAACCACAACAUGGGUGUGUUUCAACGGUCCAUGAUGAAUGGGCUGGGUGGACCCGGGGGCAUUCGGCCAUUGAUGCCCAAUCCCAUGCCGCCAGGGGCUGCGAUGGGGCUGGGCCAGGCAGCGGGGCCCGGCUCUUGUCUGUGGGUCCUCCAGCAGCAGAACUUGUGGCUGGGGGGCAACAGUUUCUCCCCUCGACUCAUGGGAAACCCUCAUCACCCAUGGGGGGCUAACCAGACGGCUAACCAGGGGCGCGGGAAUCGCCCCUGGAAGCGGUGACGAAUGGCCCAGCAAACAAACAAGAGUUGUCUUCAGUAGGUAUCAAUCUGAAACAUGACAACACUUUCUCAGACUUUUACAUUAAGAAAUUAUUUCUGUUUACUACUUGUCUAAGCCCUUCUAUGCGUUACAUUUGUCUGAAUAUUCUUUAACAUAGCCCUUUCCUAGCCAGUAGUGAAUUUGACAAAAUAUAAAAGAAAAAAAAAGUUUUAAAACUCAACCUGACAGGAAGUAAAGCCAGCUGUGGCCGAAACGGUGCUUCUGACACCACAAACUUAACAUAUGUCAAUUCUUGUUCAAAACAAUGACUUUUUGUAUUUUCUAAGAAAAAAUUUUUAUUACCUCAAAGCCUGUCUCUGUACUUGUUUGUCAGUGUACCUUUUUUGGUUUGGUAAAAAUUACUGUAUCUUAACCCAUUGUUUUCUGUACAAGGCCACAUGGCUUUUUUUUUUUUUACACAACUUUUGUUGUUUGUAUUAAAACACUU